GUGUGUGAUUAAGUGAACUCCGUGAAGAGCCCAGCCGCUCCGCUUCAACACGUCCUAGCGGUUGACUCACCUGAGCUCACAUGCAAACAGACAGCUGUUGUCACCCGUGUGAUAAUGGCCAACGUUCUCAGGGAAUGUGUGUUUAUUUACGUGUUGAUUUGUCUCGUUCAAAGUAUAAAAGGAGAAUAUGCCUACGUCACUUUAGACCAUUCGCUUGAAGGGCAAGAUCAAUGCACAUUACCAUCAAAUGUCAAGUUCACGGUGGAGACUGGAGAUGAAACGUUGACCUUGAACCUCCGCAGAAAUGACCACGUUCAUCCAGAUGUCCCCUCCUAUAUAAUUGAGAUGAGGGACAACGGUCAGACUGACUUCAUCCACGAGGAACAAGCGAACUCUGAGUUACGCGCUGCCUACCAAGACCCGGACCACGAGGCGGCUGUCUUCAUCACAUGCACGGUGUCUUCCGCUGGGGCUGAAUAUGAGAUGGAGGGUAGCCUGUUUGUGGGUAGCGUCAAGUACCGUCUCCUCCCGUCCCAGUCCACAGUACCCUUCUACCGCCGGCUGUUUCACUCGGGGACAGAGAAACUCUACCACGUGAUCAGAGCUAAAGAGGACCUCCCGUUUGAUGCCCACAUUACAGUUGAGAAGUAUGAAGAGAUUAUCAGGAGGAGUCUCGACGACAUCCGGUUACCCCCCGCACGUGCUGCACGUGAAAAACGUGCAGUUGAUGACCCUAUAACCUACAAUAUUGACAUCAUAGCUCUGUUGGACUAUUCGCUUGUCAAAGUUUGGACGGCUCGGGAAGGGGGCGACACCGUAAAAGGAACAGCGGAAAUGAAGAAAUACUUUGCGCAUGUCAUUAACGCUGUAAGUCUUCGCUUUAAGAGCAUCAACAGCAGCUUCACCAACCACGUGUUCAACAUCCGUCUGGUGGGCUUCUUCAUUGCUAUGAACGAGUCGGCCGCUCCCUGGUCCGAGGAGAACAGAGAUCACAUCACCACCAACAACACAUGGCAACUCAACGCCACUGUAGUCCUAGAUGACCUGAAGACGUGGGCCGGCUCUACCACAGACGUCCCUAAACACGACCACAUCAUGAUGUUCACAGACUAUGACUUGGUGACGGAUGACAACGGUUUCCGCUUCAACUAUACAACGGGGUUCGCCUAUGUCGCCACCACGUGUGCUACCGACGGAUCGAGCGUGUCUAUAGUGGAGGACCAUGGAGGCUUUCAAAGUGUCGGCACAGCCGCUCAUGAAUUAGGCCACAGCCUUGGAGCACUACACGACGGGAAGAAUAAUACUUGUAGGUCAGAAGACCGGUACGUGAUGGCAUCAACAUCCCACGAUGAGUCGCCAGGCAACAAGUUCAACCCUUGGUACUUCUCCAGCUGCUCCGUGCAAUACUUCGUGGACUACAUCAACACUUCGAUCACAGCUGACCCGAACAAAACAUCAUGUUUCAUGGAUCCCCUUCCGGUACUGGUCGGCAUUCCUGACAUCAGUGGGGAAAUGCCUGGUCAGCUUCUGCCCCCAGAUGACCAGUGCAGACAACAAUUCGGCAACACCUCCUACCUGUGCAGAGGAGUGGACUUCGACGUCACCAGUAUCAUCUGUCGUGCUAUGUACUGCUACAUACCUUCGAUAAAUACAUGUCAGAUGUUGACGGCCGCCAGAGGCACGACAUGCGGGAACAAGAAGUGGUGCAUUAACGGAGACUGCCAAACAAGUAACAGUGCACCUGCAGCUGACGACUCUUGUCCUCACGGUGAUCAACCCUAUGUCCGUACAACCACAGGAAAUAGCCUUUGUAACGAAAGAAUCACCAAUCAGCCCGGUCUAUGCUAUGUCAGUGACUGGAACAGCACGUGUUGUAAUUCCUGCAAGAGUGCAUGUCAAGGAAAGGCAGGCUGCGAGUGCGGAGACCGACAAGCUGGCUGUCAGCUGCAAUACUGUGGUACAUAUAAUGAAAGUGUUCGCCAAGCGUGUUGCAAGACGUGUGACGGCAAUACUACAUCAACCACUUCCACCACCACCACCACCACGUCAUCCCCAACAACGACUGUGACAACUACACCUAUCACGUAUCCAACGACGUGUACUGACGUAUCGAGCUUUAGCGGUCGCAAGUGUGCAGUGCACGUGCAGGAUGUGGGUCGACAUUCCUGUUAUGACACCCACUUAAACCGGUCCUGCUGCGAGAGUUGUAAAAACAAAACAAUGUCCCAAACUUCUGGUUGUGAGUGGGGGGACCACUUCCCUUCGUCAUGUUAUAUGCUGUCGUUUUUCCCGAUAGGGGCUAUCUGUCCCUUGAACUCUGCGUUGUCUAAAUACUGCUGCGAUUCCUGCCAGAAACUUCAGCAGGCAGUGGAUCUUACCGUGGCACCGACCACACCAGUACCAAGUAGCGCCCUACCAGCAUCUCCUGCCUCCUGGCUGCUCGUGGUCUGUGGUCUCUAUAACAUACUCAGACUAGUUUGUGGAAACUGACCCUGACUUUAGUGUGAGUGAGUGAGUAUAGUUUCACGCCGCUUUUAGCAAUAUUCAAGCAAUAUCACAGCGGGGGACACCAGAAAUCAUUGCAUGUGGUUAAGUUGGUUUAAACCCUAUUAGUAGCAGAAAACUGAGUAUUUUACAGUGAGAAAUUAUCUCAUCAUUGCUUUUGCAAUUUAGCUUAUGCAUUAAUCCCUUCCAUUUUAUUAUAACCCAGUUGUACCUUCUUAGUGGAUACACUAAUCACAGGCAAAUUGUAGCGCAAAUAAGGUUGCGCA